AUGCUAGAGAAAUUCUCCAGUCCCUUCGAUGCAACAGUAAUCAAGACCCUGGAAGAUGCCGGGGCCGUCAUUGGCGGAAAGACGAAUUUGGACGAGUUUGGCAUGGGCUCUUAUUCCACUCAUUCUCGUUUCGGGCCCGUGAAAAGCAGCUUCUUCGUGCGUGGUAAGGAAAGGCAAGGGGAAGGAGAACCGCUCUCUGCUGGUGGCAGUUCUGGUGGAAGUGCGGUUGCCGUUGCUACAAAUCAGUGCUACGCUGCCCUAGGUACCGACACGGGAGGCUCUGUGAGAUUGCCUGCUGCAUAUACGGGAGUUGUUGGACUCAAGCCUUCAUAUGGUCUUAUAUCACGCUGGGGGGUGGUUGCAUAUGCCAAUUCUCUCGACACCGUCGGUAUUAUUGCGAGAAGAACAUCGACUGUUCGUGAAGUGUUUGAUGUCCUGAACCACCAUGAUGCGCGAGAUCCUACAAGUCUAUCUACAUUCACUCGCUCUCGAAUUGCCCAAGCUCUGCUUCAACCCCAGCUCUCGAGCCGCCUAUCAUCGCGGCCCUUGCGAAUAGGGGUGCCUCUCGAAUAUAACCUGGCCGAAUUGACACCAACAGUCCGCGAAACCUGGCUUUCAACACUUAAAACUCUCGAGGGACAAGGUCAUUCUCUACAUCCAAUCUCCCUACCGUCCACAAAACAUGCUCUAUCCGCAUACUACAUUCUAGCUCCCGCAGAAGCAUCCUCCAAUCUCGCCAAAUACGAUGGCGUUAGAUAUGGCACGCGGGCAGAUGGGCUGGACAAAACAGGAGAUGAAAAUGGCGAUUCUAGUGAUUAUCUAUACGCCAGGACUCGCGGCGAAGGCUUCGGCGACGAAGUUCGACGACGCAUUCUACUGGGCUCAUUUAGUCUGAGCGCCGAUGCAAUGGACAAUUAUUUUUUGCAAGCGCAGCGAGUUCGACGGCUUGUACAGGCCGAUUUUGAUAAUGCGUUCGCCUUGAAUAACCCGCUUGGCGAUGAAAGUCAAUCGCAGGCUCCACCAUCAACAACGAAAGUGGAUAUUAUUAUAGGACCAACGACAUCCUCCCUUCCACCCACUCUUUCAUCUAUCACAGAAGACGAGAAUUCUGCGUCGAAUACCGCGCCAUUACAUUCGUACGUUACUGAUGCGUGCACUGUGCCUGCCAGUCUUGCGGGAUUACCAGCGAUAUCAGUGCCUGUUUCUGUCGUGCCUUCUAGUAGCACUGGCAGUGAUGAGUCAAGACAUGAAGGAUUUGGCAAAAUAGGAAUUCAGAUUAUCGGGCAAUAUGGAGAUGACGAGCUUGUUUUGAGGGUUGCUGAACUAUUAGAGCAAUCCGAAGAUUCUGCACAAUGA